CGCCGCUGCUGCUCCCGCUGCCGCUCCCCGGGAGCACCGCCGCCAGCACCACCCACUGCAGCCGCGCCAUGCACGGCUCGCCCUGCUCGGACAUGGGAGAUGCGCCCGCGGUUGACAUUGUGGACAUCUAUGAGUCUAUCCGUGAAAGGCAGCGUCAUGACAGUGAAAGGUCUACCUGCAGCACCUUGGAGCAGAACGACAUUGAAGCCGUUGAAGCACUUGUUUGUAUGAGCUCCUGGGGUCAAAGAUCGCAGAAAGGUGACAUAUUAAAGAUAAGGCCACUCACACCCUUCUCGGAUUCUGGGGAUUUCACAAUGCACGCCGAGGCUACGUCUGAGUUACCAAAGGACUACCUAUCGACACUGUGCAUGACCCCUCCACACAGCCCUGACUUUGUUGAGAUGUCAGCAGCUACACUCCUCUCCUCACAAGUCACUUACUCCAAACCAAGGACUGUCAUGGCAAAUACAACUGCCUGUUCAGUCACAUCAGUGACUGGUGCCUCUCCCAUAACUAAGCCAUCUGUUCUCAACGUGGAGCGACAGUGCAGUCAGAAGCCAGAGAUCUCUGAAUCUUCUGCCCCUCAGCCUUGCAGGGCCAUGGCAACAAGUGUGAUACGUCACACAGGUGAUAGUUCUGCUUACCAUCACAUUCCUGCUGUGCAAGAGAAAACAAAGGUAACUUCAGGCUACGGCACUUCCAGAGACUGGUGUGGAGUGGAUGAACGAAGACAUUCCAGUCUGCCACAGGACACGUGUGCUGCAGAUGAUUUAAUCAACAAAACCUCUCCAGUACGUCAGCCUUAUGCACAUGACUCCAGUGAUAUUGUGACUGGUAAAGGGCAACUACCAGUCCAGCCUGUUUCACCACAGACCCACUUACCAAAGAACUGUGAGAAUGACUUGCAAAAGAGAGCUACCCCAGUGACACCUGCCCCUGUUUCAAGCCCCCAAGUUCUCUGUCAAAUGAUCCCUCUAAAUGGACAAAGCAGUAUGAUCAAUGCCUAUGUCAAGCCUUCAACUCCAGCACUCUCAACUCCCAUGAAACCUAUUUUACCACAGACAGCACCGCUCUCCCAGCCUGUGCUCAUGGGACCUUCUGUGCCUCAGGGGACUGUCAUGUUGGUUCUUCCCCAGCCUACUGUCACACAGACAGCACAGUGCCCACAGACCGUAAUGACUGUUGGGAACACCAAGUUACUGCCCCUUGCCCCUGCUCCUGUGUUCAUUGCUUCUGGUCAAACCUGCGCCCCCCAGAUGGACUUUUCUAGACGGAGGAAUUAUGUUUGCGACUUCCCCGGCUGCAAGAAAACCUAUUUCAAAAGUUCCCACCUCAAAGCCCACCUUCGCACCCACACUGGAGAAAAACCUUUCAGCUGCAAUUGGGAAGGCUGUGACAAGAAGUUUGCCCGCUCAGAUGAACUGUCACGCCACCGCAGAACUCACACGGGAGAGAAGAAGUUUGCGUGUCCUGUGUGCGAGCGUCGCUUCAUGCGCAGCGAUCACCUGACAAAGCACACCCGCUGCCACAUGACCACGAAGAAGACCCCCAGCUGGCAGACAGAGGUUGGCAAACUCAGCAGAAUUGCCACAGCAGAGAAACCGAAAAGCAGCAGUGCUCUGAGUAUGCUCAUUCCCAUGCCAUCACCCGUCUGUCAGGGCUAGAGUGAGGAAACACCUUCCCUGCAAACUCUGAAGAUCAGGAAGAGCUCCGAUGGCUACAACAGAACUGGCAAUGGCUUUUGUUUUCCCUGUGUUUGUGCAUACUUUAGGUUCCUGCAGUUUAGGUCCUCAGUUGAUAAUGCUGUAUGAGAAAUCUGUCCUAUAUUUCCUCGUCCCUUCCCUGUUUGUUUUUUUUCAACACUUGGGCAAUUGCAAUCACCAGCACUUCAGGAAAGCAGAACUCUUUAGAAAUUAUUUUGGCUAUAGUGUAAUGCUUGCUGUUAAUAUUUUGAUGGACAGUAAAACAGGGUGGUUUUUAAUUUUUAUACUACUAUUUUCUAUACCAAAUAUAUUUUAUAUUUGUUCUUUUUGGUCUUGUUAUGCAGGCAAAUUACUUGGCCUGCAUUAGUAGGGGUGUGCUGGAUGAGACCCAGAGUUUUGGAAACUCCUUUUCAGUAAACCUAAACAAUUGCAUUCAGAGCAUUUUAUAAACCUGUAAAAUUUGAUAACUCAUAUUGGUUGGUGUUUGCACACUUGCAAAUCCUGAUCCUGCAGUGGGCUAGUGCUUUUACACCCUCCUUAUGCAGGUGACAUUGGAGAUCAAAGUGAGUCAGUCAUUUUUUAACACAAACCAAACCAGAAUGACUUUCCUUUGGAACACAAGUGUUGAAAUCCUCAACAUUUUCUGAAUUCAUACCCUUUGCAAGUGGAAGCCGUUGUGGCUUUUGGUAGAAGUUUGACACACUGGGCAUUCUUGGGUCCACAGUUCAUUGGAGCAAAGUUUGGAGGAGCCAGACUACUCUGAUGGAGGUAGAAGCACAAACACCAUUUAGAGACUUUGACACUAAAAAUUAUGCUUUAUUUUUGGUCCUACUAAACUAGCAUAUCAAAAUCAAGUGAAAAAUGCAACAAUGGCAAGAUAGCCCAUGAAGAAUUAUCUGGGUCUCUAUUUUGUUUUGGUUUUUUUUUUUUUAGAGAACAGGAGAAAUAGAAAAUUAAGGGAUUUUAUGUAUUGUGGAUGCUUGUGCACCUUAUAGGAAAUUGUUCAAGGCUUUCAUUUACCUGUAUCAAUGCACCAGAGGAAGUACUAAUUGUGUCUUGAGUUAAGAAAUAGCCACCCUGUCAACCUGAUGAUGCUCUUCAUGUGGCCUUAUACUUCUCCACAGUACUUUGUAUAAAAUCACCCUUUUCUAUUAAACGAUACACUCUUCCUGUUGAAUGGAUUUUCUUUUACACGAAGUGUAAUCAUGGUUAAGAAGUGGAACCACUGGAUGCAGGAGUGCUGUGUUGUAAUGGCAUGGUAUGAAUAAUAAAAUGCCUGUAGCACAGUCGGACUGCUCAGUUUCUGUGGUGCGGAAGGAUGUGUAAACGUACUGUAGCAGAGCUGACAGCAGAGCAAAGCACCAGGUGUUUUGCUGGGAGACAGCUCACCUGCUGAAUGAAAUGUUUCUGUAGAGUUUAUUCCUUAUGGACUCUUCUCCCUUCAGCCACUCCUAUGCUGAAGCUUAGUUGAGCACUGAGGAGGAUUGUUUUUUCCUGGAUGCAUCAAAUGUGGAUAACUAGGAAUGCUGUCUCUUGCAUGGCUUUGUUCUGAAAUCCUGGUCUUGCUUCCUGUUAUAGGCAAAGCAUGGAUCUCAUCUAUGUAAGUGCAGACUUGCUGAUUUCAGCUUGCACUCCCCUGAAAUCAGCAGAGACCUGUUUCAGUUUAAAGCAGAUUAUGUCAUUUUUUACACUAAAGUUUAUAGUUAUAAUGAACAGUACUAAGUUUUCAAACUGCACUAAAUUGGAGUAUUGUGCUAAGUGUACUGAAGUUUUUGUGCCUGACCUUUAUAAUGCCCACACCCUGUUCACUGACACGUGCUGUAAUCCCACUGCCCCCAGCAUGUCUGCCGGUGAGUGUGUGUGGACUUUCCAAAGAACUCAGUUGGAACCCCUUUUCCUGGCAAAUUUGUGUGGUGAACAAAGAGAUGUCGCUGCUUUA